UUCCAAUCAACUCUUCAACUUCUCUCCAAUCUUAUUCCAAGAAUACCAUCGGUUUCUAUAAGUUCAAUGAAUUUAUUAAGUGGAUCUACAUAUAUAUAUGGGUUGACGUUCUUCUAUCCAUACCAUCUAUAUCUACAAUUCAUUGAAUCCAUUCCUCAAGUUCACAUAUCGCUUUACAAUCUGUAUUUCAUAUGGCUGAAAGUUCAUCAAGUUUCAGGGGACCCUGCUUCUGUAGGCACAUGAAUAAAGCAGACGAGUUUAUUAUGUGCAUUCCAGAUGCCGCUGUGUGUAAACUAUGGGGUGUAUAUAAAUGUCCUACGAAUGUUGAUAUACACACAGAAGAUGGCCGAGUAUUUAAUGUUGGAUUAAGCGCUGCUAAAGGAAAAAUAUUCUUUUUUCAUGGUUGGUCCAAAGUUGUAGAACAUUUACGACUAACCAUAGGUUGUUUGGUAUUAUUUAAUCCUAUAGAUUCUACUACCUUUAAGUUAACAUAUUUUCUUGAUGGGGUUAGUAAUAGCACUUUUUGGACGUAUCUGCUCCCUACAUCAUCUCAAUUUUAUGUCAUUCCUGAAUGUAUCCUUCCAAAACACUAUGAUUAUUCGUCAAAUGAUGUAAUCUCUACUGUAGUUACAGAAAACAACACGUUUGACGUUCUCAUUGAAACAUCUGACGGAAAAGUAGGUUUUUCCGUUGGUAUUGAUGUAAUUGUUAGUCAGUUACAGCUGAAGGAUGGUUGUUUUCUAUUUUUUACAAAAUCAUUUGGUAAUUUUUUCCAUUUAAAAGUUUGUGGGAAAAACGGUCUUGAAAUGAAUUUUCCGGAUUUAGAGGUCGACGAGGUAAGUUACAUAUUUGUACGCCAUUGAAUAUUUUAUGCAUGUUUAUUUUAAUUCAGUUCUAUAUAUUAAAUUUUCAGACUGACGUUGCACCUAUCGAUGCUGAAGAUGAUGUUUAUGAAGUAUUACCUGGUGGUGUUCGUCAUUUUGUUCGUACGGCUGGUGAUCGUUAUUUUAGGAUUCCCGAUCCUGUUUCACGUAUGGCUAGACUUGAUGAAGGUUUAAGAGAUAUCACCGUUAG